AAAUCAAAUCAUUCCACUGGAAUAUGGAAUGAUCAACUCACUAAUAUGGGAUCCCAACCACAUCUGGGGAUGUUACGAUCUAGAAAUCCGGCGGCCAUGGGAAGAGCUCCUAGAGCUAAACAAAGAAUGAUUGAGCAAGGCGAAGGCAUGGGCAUUGAUGAAUCACCCCCAAACCCCACAUUGGACACCUCAAAGGAUGAAUCAGGAGGUAAAUCAAAUGAUCCAAAACUCAUGGGAUGGACCACGCGUCAUCGCUAA